GCUCCAUCCUCGGCACUGAAAGGCGAACCUCGAUCGCAACUCGCUGAUGUUCAAGCUUCUAGCAGGUACCAUUCAAUCGGUACCUUUCUCCUUGUGCUGGAGCUUCAGAAAUCAGAGGUAGAGCAAUAAGAACAGUCUGUGUCUGUCUGGUUAUAUUUAAACAGCAGUAAUACACAUGGAGAGGAAUCUGUGACAGAGGAAAGCUUGAGAAAAAUGCAGGGUCUCGUUCUCCAGUCUCCAGUUGUUUCAAGAGGGAAACUCCCCUUAUUGGCUUCCGUCGACUCCUUGCCACACUCCACCAGUCUACCCACAAGAAGAGCUUCACGUUCUUUGACAUAUAGAGAGAUACAAAGGUUGAACUCAGCUUAUGGCACAAUCAGAGCUCAAGCAUCUAAUGUUAGUAUUGGAUCCGGAGACUUUGAUAGGAGAGAAGAAAAUGACAACCACAAAAAUUUUGUCAAUAAUCCACAAAGUGCAAAUCCACCUGAAUCUGUGAAGCCCCCUAAGAAGAUUCCUUAUCCAGUAUCUAUAGCAAUUGUUCUGCUUGCAUGUGCCUUAGCCUUUUCACUGAUUGCCUUUGUGAGUGGAGGACCUUCAUCACUCUUAGCAGCAAUUGCAAAGUCAGGCUUCACUGCUGCAUUCUCAUUGAUCUUUGUUUCUGAGAUUGGGGACAAGACAUUUUUUAUCGCUGCUCUGUUGGCCAUGCAAUAUGAAAAAGGAUUGGUCUUACUUGGAUCAAUGGGUGCUCUUGCACUUAUGACAAUCCUAUCUGUCGUUAUAGGACGGGUAUUUCAGUCAGUACCAGCACAGUUUCAGACAACAUUGCCUAUUGGAGAAUAUGCAGCAGUGACUCUUCUCAUGUUCUUUGGUCUUAAAUCAAUUAAAGAUGCAUGGGAUCUACCAUCAAAUGUAGUAAAAAAUGGUGAAAAAAGCUCAGAACUUGGAGAAUUCGUUGAAGCUGAGGUGCUUGUGAAGGAGAAGGUGGCAAAGCGGCUUAUGAAUCCUCUUGAAGUCAUCUGGGAGUCUUUUACUCUUGUAUUCUUUGCUGAAUGGGGAGAUCGCUCAAUGCUUGCGACAAUUGCUCUAGGUGCUGCACAGUCUCCAUGGGGUGUGGCUAGUGGCGCCAUUGCUGGGCACCUACUGGCAACGUCUAUAGCAGUUUUGGGAGGAGCCUUUCUUGCCAACUAUAUUUCUGAAAAACUGGUUGGCUAUUUGGGUGGAGUACUGUUCCUUGUUUUUGCAGUAGCCACAUUUAUAGGAGUUUUCUGACAAAUCUCUCAGGGAUUGUGCAAAAGUGAAGCCCCCGCACAUCAUAAGUGGGUAAGCCAUGACCUUGCAAUGAUGAAGCAGAAUUAGAUAUUUAAGCAAGGGUCUUGCAGAUUCAUUCUUUCUGGUUAGCUUUGAAGGCUUGCCUUCUUUAGUCGGAUUUUUGUAGGCAUGUCAUGAUGAGUCAUUACUAGAAGUUUGUAGGGUUGUAAGUGGAGUUUGUAUAUUGUGCAAUUCGUGUCAAAGCUUCUUGCAUCCAUACUGAAUGGGUUCUUGGGCUUCUGUUUCCAAUACUUUUAUUAGAACCACAUUUUUUUCUAGUGAUCA